CUGACUCAUACCGCGUUCUUCAUCCCCCUCUCUCACACCUGACUUCAACCUUUAUUCUUAAGGACUACUUAGCAUUCAGCUGAACGGUCUCAAUUUCUAAGCAAGCAGAUAGAGAUCUGGACGCCCCUCUGGUGCAGCUCAGGAUUUGAUUUGAGAGCUUGAGAGACCAUCUGAAAUUUGGAUCUGGGGAAAAUUAUAAUUAACAUGACCUCCCCAAGACAUGAGGGCAGAGGCAGUGCUGUCUUUCUUCCUCAUUCUUGCACCAUCUCUGAGUGGAUUUCCAGGUUUCUUCAGUUAUCUGAGUGCUCCGAGUGAGGAAGAAGUCAUUGGAAGACUCGAUGAGGAUGUGAUUCUCCCUUGCUCAUUUAAGAAUGGGUCUGAGGUUGUAAUUCACUGGAAGAAUCAAGAAACCCACACUAUUUACUCAUACUUCAAAGGCAGUGACCAUUUGGAAAAGCAAGAUCCCAGGUACACAAACAGGACAUCCCUCUUCCAUGCUGAAAUUCACAAUGGGAAUGCCUCCCUAUCUAUUAGAAUAUUAAGGCUUCUGGAUGAAGGAAUUUAUAUCUGCUAUGUGGGAACAGCAUCUGGAAAAACCACAAAGAAAGUGGUAUUAAAGGUGGGAGCUUUUGUCACACCUGUGAUGAAGUAUGAAAAGAGGAACAUGACCAGCUUCUUAACAUGCAGUGUGCGAAGUUACCCUCAUCCAAGUAUCACAUGGCAAGGGGACGAGACACCUAUCUCUGAAAGCACUCUGGAAGAAAUCGAGUCUUCGGGGUGUUUUCAUAUUUACAGUACAGUGAAUAUUACAGGAUCAAAUUCAUCUUAUGAAUGUGCUAUUGAAAAUUCAUUGCUGAAGCAAACAUGGACAGGACAAUGGACAGUGAAAGAUGGCCUUCAUAAAAUGCAAAGUGAACACAUUUCACUCUCAUGUCAACCUGCAAGCAACAUUUCUCUACCAAAUCAAAACUUCAGAGUCACUUGGUCCAGAGUGGAAAGUGGGAAUUCCUCCAUUCUGGCUUACUUUCUGAGCUCCUCACGAAAUACGAUUAUCAAUGAACCCCGAUUUUCAUGGAACAAAGAGCUAAUAAACCAGAGUGACUUCUCCUUGACUUUGAGGGAUCUUAGAGUUUCAGACAGUGGGGAAUACUUGUGCAAUAUUUCUUCAAGCAAUUAUACUUUACUCACCAUCCAAACACUGCAUGUAGAACCGAGUCAAAAAAGAGAUAUCUGGAAAAUUCCGCUUCCAGUGAUGAUUCUGGUAAUUCUCGUGAUUCUGGUGAUUCUGGUGCUUUUAGUAUUUUACAAAGUCCCUGCAUCAAGAAGAUUCUACCGUUUCUGCAGAGCAUGGGAUCCUGUCUCCACUGAUGAGAAUGCUCGUAAUACAGAAAACAGGAUGCAAACAAUAGCUGAAGAUCCCCCCUCCCCAAAACCAAAUUAAAACACAACCAUCAUUAAAUGCUUAAGAUAAAAAUGGUCAUUCUGACAUGAACAACGGCCAUAUAGAGUUCAUUUUUCUUGGUUCUGGG